AUGUCGAUUCAGGAGAGUUUGGAGGAGCGGCUCUGCCUUCCUUUGCAGACACCCCUCAUCCGUGGGCCGCCGAGGUUGCGCAGGCCUCGAACGCCGGCCCCCGUUACGUUGCUGCGGCGCUGUGACCGCAUUGCUGCCAAGCCGCGCGAGGCAGACUCCACCAAGCAGGCUCAGUGUGUUCUCAUGCAGAAACCGGGAAUGGUGGCACCAUCGCCCAAUGUCGACUCCGAGACGGUGCGCAAGUACAAGGCUACCUUCAGGGCGCCGCUAUCAGACUCCACCCAGGAGGUGCUGCAACUUCUUUUUGGUGGGGAGUUCGACCCAGUGGCUAUGAACUUGGAUAUGGUCGGGUUGGACGAGGUGGCCAACUAG